AUGCUCUUCAUAUCUGGUCUUUUCUUCUGUGUUCUCUCUACCGUAUCUUCUACCAUUAUUAACACUACAGAACUAACAUGUCCUCCUGGUUGGUUUAGAUAUCGUGAUUCCUGCUACUUUUUCGAUAAUCCCUUGUUAGAGCACGAUAAGGCGGAAAUUAAGUGCUGGGAGAUGGGAUCGACACUUUUAGUUGCGGAAACACUCGACGAAUAUGAACUGAUCACUGAUCGUGCGAAGGAAAGCGCGUGGAGUUGGGUCGGUCUCACACAAAGCGAUGACCUCGAGCACCAUAUUCCACAAUGGAGCACGAGCGGAGGAGUUGAUCCAAUCCUAAUUAACUGGCUUGUGAAACCAUAUCUCGCGGUCUCCAAUGGCUGGACGACUCAAGCAAAAUGCGCUGCACAUCUGAAUGUUCCCGCCGGUCCAUCCGCCUCGUACACUUUCUUCCUACCAUGUACUGUUCAGACAUAUUCUAUAUGUGAGAAAAAUGCUACGCUUUUCCCUCGUAUAUGGGAACAUGGCUUAAUAGGAAUGAAUAGCCGAGUCGGGAUAAUCAUGCCUUCACUAUUUUUCUUCGAAGGACAGCUAGUCGAACCGAGCAUGUCAUGUCGUCUUGACCCGACUGAAGUUCGGAUUCUUCUUGAAGGCAGCGUAUCGUUUGGACCUGGACGUGUUGCGGAAUUCACAAACGAAGCGUAG